AUGGCUGCAGAGAGAAAUCAAAAACUCCGGUCGGCAAACCGAGCCCAGCUAACGAAGCUGUUUCAACGAGCAUCAAGUUUGAUGUCUGAUGAGCCGUCCGUAGAAAAUGUGGAAACAUUGGACUUGACGUACGAACUAAUCGAGGAGAAGAUGGACUAUCUAAAAACAUUAGACGAAAGAAUUCUGUCCAAACUUUCAGAUGAAAAGAUGGAAGACAGCGUUGCCAAAGCAGACGAAUUUAUGUUUUCAGCUAAAGAGAAGCUCCGUCGCAUUCGAAAACAUAAAGAAAAUAUACAGUCAGAAGAACGCCGAAGCAAGCCUUCGAUUUCUAACGCUCCCACUCCAAGUGAUGACCCUCCGCGGAGCAACAUGAAACGAAAUUACAGGCUCCCCAAACUCAUCCUAUCCAGGUUUGACGGAAAUCUCCUUCAAUGGCCCGCUUUCAACGACGACUUCGUCAGUGCUAUAGACGAAAACGAGACGCUAUCUACUAUCGAGAAAUUCCAGUUUUUACGGGCACAGUUGGAUGGCGAAGCGUUUUCUACGAUCGCGGGAUUACAGCUUACGGCUAAUAAUUACGAAAAUGCGAAGGAACUUCUUCGAGAAAGGUAUGGACAAACUCACAAAAUCAUUAACGCAUUCAUGAUAGCUCUUUGGGAGCUUCCACGCCCCGAUGAAGAUAUAAAAUCAUUGAGAUUUUUCUACGAUAGGAUCGAGACUUUCAUUAGAGGACUCAGCUCUUUAGGAAAAGAAGAACAAAGUUAUGGAGAACUCUUGAUUCCUAUGAUUCUAGAUAAAUUGCCUGCCAACACGCACAGACAAAUCGCCAGAGCGCAUGGAAACAAUGAAUGGUCAAUCGCCGAUCUGCGCAGUACACUUAAGUCUGAGAGCGACGCCCUUCAAGCUGGAGAAAUAGAUGGGUUCAACCAAGAGAAGUCGUACCGACCCACUGCUGCGUUUUUCACUAAUAGUAACACGAAGAAAACGACGAACAAGCCGAAAAGAAAAAUGAAAUGCGCUUUCUGCAAAAAUGAACAUAGCUCUAUCACGUGCCCAGUCGUGUCGGACCAGGAAAAACGCUUUGAAAUAGCAAAAAGAGACAAUUUAUGCUUUAACUGUCUUACGCCCAACCAUACAAGCCAAAAAUGCCUUUCUAAAUUUCGCUGCAGAAGUUGCAAUGGAAAACACCACACCACCCUUCAUGCUNACUCACCCCAAGUGAUUCGUUGA